GUCUGCUAUGGUGAUGAGAAGGUGGUACACAUUCCUUUGAAGAUUGUGUUCUGACAUCCGCUAGUUCUGUGCCUGGACAAGAUUGGCUACUGGUACAAUGAGGGCCCAUGUUCUGAUAAUGGUCAUGGUGACUGCAGCAGUGGGUUACAGAGUACGCUCUCCACUCAAGGCACUGCCCUUAGACAUGGCACCCAACUCUGUUGAUGAUGCCUACUCUACCUGCACAAAGGAAAUGUCAAGACAGGUUCUGUCCAAGUACCUAACCAAUGAACAGAACUCAAAUGCUGAUUUCAAAAAAGCAUGGAACAGAGCACAGAAAUCCAACAAGCACAAAAAUCCAGGAAAAGGUCUGACCGAAAACCACGCGAUCGCCAUUCGAGUGUACACCAAUGGUCAACCCAAGAUCUAUGACAAGUUUAAUGCAGCUGUGCGCGAUGGCAGGGGUAUUUACAAAACCAACUUCAACUACCAUGCUCUUCAUUUCCUGCUAACUGAUGCCCUCAAGCACCUAAAAGAGAACCAGGAGAAGGGGAAGUGUGUGACCACCUACCGCAGAACCAAACUGGACUUUGACACAGAUGUCAUCCAAAAGGAGAUCCGAUUCGGUAGCUUCACAUCCACCUCUUUGUGUCGUGAUGCUCUCACCCAUUUUGGCAAGAAGUCCUGCUUUGAAAUCAAGACCUGUCAUGGUGCAGCUCUGGGAACCUUCUCACAUUUGCCUCAAGAGGAAGAAGUACUGAUCCCACCCUAUGAGAAAUUUAAAGUUGAGAGCAUUAGGAAGCAUGAGAAAAAUGACUGGUGUGAUGUUGUGUACAAACUGAGCAGCACUGGUACCAUUAGUAAUUUGGAUUGCGCGCUGAUGAAAGACCCUGUAUUCACAUUUGUAGAACAAUGAAAGGUUAAUGCUGACUGAUUAGGCUCCUCUUUCCUGGCUGGUGACCAGGUGACUUCUUAUUUG